GUCCGCAGCCACGGACUUGGCCGUGGAUGGCCGCCGCCGGGGGGGAUUCAUAGACUGCGGGUAGCUACUACCACGGGGAUAGGGGAGGUGGUGUUGGGACGAUUCCGGCGAAGUGGUGUACAGUGGAUUGUGUGGUAUCGGCCUGGGCGGGUGUGCGAAGAGGCAGUGAUCUCCUCCUGUUUCGUCAGAGCGACCUACGAGCGGCAAUGGACUUCCCAGUGGGUCCGGACUACAUCCGGGAGCAGCCACAGGCAGAGGGCACGGUAUACUUCUGACCGGGCGACUCCAUCGCCAAACUUUGUGUCAUCCGAGUAUAGGCGGUCAUGCCCCCCUCCCUGGAAUUGAACGCUUCUCUCCUCCCCCCGUCUAUCUCAAUCUCUGCGUGUAUCCCCUUGCGCCGACCUCGCGCUGCUUUAUCCUCCUCCUCCAGCUCACCCCCUUCUAUGUUGUCACGCAUGGAUAAGGAUAGGGAGGCGUGGGAUGCUCCUCCUCUUCGGUUGGCAGAUGGCAGGGGGAAUACUUGGGAAAUACUUGCGUUUUGUUUUGCGGCCUUCCUAGCGCUGCUUGCUCUUCUGGCAUUUCUGUUUUUCAUCUGCUCCCUCCCUGUGCAACCCCUCCAGCGCAUACCCGGACUGAUUGUGUUUGCAGGUUACCCCUCUGAUGAAUCGCGUGGCGAGCUAUGAAAAGCGCUUCAGGGACUGCCACCCCCUCCUGCAUGUGUGUAGAUUGGCAGCAACUAGCUUGCACUUUCACGAUUUGGCUGGACUGCGAUGCAUGCACUAUAUCUUCCCGCCCCCCUACCUUCUAUGGGAGAACUUUGUAGAAGUAGGUAAUGUUCUUGGUCUGACAUCGUUGUGGCCCUCUCAACGAUAAAUUGUGCUACUGGAUGAAGGGACGAUGACAUGUGGGAUGCAUGAUCUUGGCGCACCUACGGAAACCUUCCCUGGAGGGUGGUGGGAAGAGAUCAUCGUUGUCUAUCCAUGGCUGAAUGAUUGUGCCCACCCCAGCAAACCCACUCAGGCUCUUAUCGCCACAAUCAAACCUGACAUCAUGGCAGCUAUUAAGCGCCGAUGGGACAUCGGGAAAUUCCCACACCUAUUCACCACCUUACGAUUCGCUGAACUCUCUAUCCUCGCUUGGGUAUGGGAUAACAGCGCAAAUACCUUCGAGGCAGCCGUGGAUAACUUUGCCGCAAAAACUGGCACAAACCAUGACCUGGACCAAAAGGAGGAUGUGGAGGUUCCAGGCCGGGUAGCAGGAAUGGAGAAAGCCUUCCUACAAAUUUGGAAGUUGGAUGACUCUCCCCUUCAGGGCGUUAGCUCCGGGGGAAAUAUUGAUAGGUCGAUUGGGAGAUCGUUUGAACUCCCAGGGAGAUGAGGUGGCAGAGGUUUUGGGUGCGAUAAAAAACAUCGCUACAUCUAGUGGUAAAGCCAAGGCGUCCUACAAACAACCGGACAAAACCAAUGAUGGUUUGGCCUUCUGCCCCCUCCCCUCGGCGAGAUGGGUAGAGUACAUGUCCACAGCUUUCAGACAUGCGGUCUGGAAGAUCGAUACGUACAAUCAUCUUGCCCCGCUCACUAUCAAGGCCUUUCGGUUCCUAGGCAACCUAACGGAGACAGAGAUCAGGGCAUGCUGGAGGGACGCCAUGGGUGGUAAUAUCAAAUAUGGGACCAAUAGGCGCACCUACUUUGAGCCCUCUGAUCUCCAUUUUUCGAACCUCACGAUCCUUGACCCAGGGAAAUGUGGCAUCUCGGACCCCAUCAUGCUCCAGAAAAAUCUCCUCCCAUUGGGACCACUGGAAAUGAAGAACCUCAGGAAGGUGUGGUCGGUCGGGAGACCAUACCUGAGAUGUAGGUGUAAGACUGAUAAGGGGAAGGACUGUGGUGGGGUUCCAAUCUGGUGUGACCACAUGAUCUGGUUUCUCCUUGCCCAUCCGGAGUACAUCUUCCCGAACCUGUCCUCAAACAAGCUCAGGAUCACGCUCCUGAUCCACUACCUGCGCACAUCAUGGAAGCCGGUCAUCCUGGCUUGUGUCACUUUCAUAUACAUUCGUGACAUCAUGCUCAUCAUCGCUAGGAAGGUGGGAGAGAACCCAGAUCACACAGCGAAUUCGGUUGUCAAUGAUGAUGACCUCCGUGAUGAAUACCUCCCUGGUGCACUGGCCCGCAUCCUGCUACCAAACAAGGUCACCAUCUCCCCCACAAAGCGGGACUUAAGGUCUCCGAUGAACCCCAGAGCCAAGCAAAAGCGUAGGCACAGUGCUCCCUUGGGGGGCCAGCAGCUGAUCCCCUUUGGACGGGCUGGCUUUCAGCGCGUGAAUAAUAACGGUGGUGCCCGAAAUCAGCCCGCACAGAGCGUGCAGCUCUCGGACGCUCAGCCUGGCACUUCUACAACAGAGGCCCGCCACACGCCCGCAUACACCAGGAUACAUCGGAGGAUGAUCUCCCCCCGCAAGGGACUGCCCUUGCCGCAUGAGCGACGCACAUUCCGGAGAGAAAGGGACUCAACUAAGCUCACUUAUGUGCAUCUCACAUUUACGAGCCGAGUUAUGGAGGCCUUCUCCCUCAGGCAGAUCAUCAAGGAACGUGUCAUGGCACAUUUGGGGGAUGGCACAAAGGAUUGGUUGGAUGACGUGGUGUUUGGUUGGAGGUAUCGUCACUCCUUGGCCAACCUGAUCCUCAACCCGGCCAAGGUGUUCGAUGAGUUCCGGCUGGAGGAAUGGAUGCGGCAAUACAAACCGGAAGAUUGCACAUGUGCCGAUCACCGAUAUCGACAGUUCCACCAUGAGAAGACUGCUGACUUGCUCACCGACAACACGCAGACGCAUGUGCUUACCUUGGAUAAAGCCCUGGGCCCUCAUAGGGAUGCUGGGGAUGGGCUUGAAUCACAUCCCACUUCACCGAUUGGACGAGGAGGAAGCGGUGCGAGAGGUAAAGAUGGCCUUUGAUACGUUGAUCAGGGAGAGUCCUCAGUUUGAACUCCUCACCACGGAGUCCUUGAGGUGCCCGGGAGAAG